GGGAGGGAUGAGCACUGAUGCUGCUGCCUCUGUUUUCUCCGCACAUCAGCAGCGGAUCUUCUCUCAGUCAGGCAGACUCAGGCCAGGCAGAGGCAGCGCGUCCGCCCGGAGAGAGAGAGACCUCACCGCAUAGCGUUACUCCCGGAUGAACCUCAGUUACAUUCACGGUCUUUUUAAAUUGAUGUCUCCUCUUAUACCGCCUUUUGACACUGGACGGUGCUCUUGUAUCCGCGUUCAACGCGAGGAACACCUCAUCCCCGGCUUGGUUUUUGAGGUUUGUCUCGACGACACGGAGAGGACCACACUCCCCCCAUCGUUAGCUCGCUAAGCUAGCUAGCACGCUAACUUAGCUGUGAUACUUUGUACCGUAUCGGCGUCAGUUUUCUGCCUCGUAGCUAGCCUGCGGUCUCUUGCGCCACAGCGGUGGAUUGAGGUGCCCUGUCACUGUAGGAGCAUGAUCGCGUGACGAGCGAAGGAGGAAGUGGGAUCUCUGACGCUCCGCGCCUUCUGCUGGUGGAGCACCCUGCACCUCUGACUAGAGACCUCUUUAGUCACUUGGACAGGAUGCGGAGGUUCGCCUAUUGUAAGGUGGUUUUGGCCACCUCUCUGGUGUGGGUGAUGCUGGACAUGUUCAUUUUGCUCUACUUCAGUGAGUGCAACAAGUGUGAUGACAAAAAGGAGAGAGGACUGCCCGGGAGACAAGAUGCCCUGACCAGGCCGCGGGACGGGCCCGGUGAAGGUGGAAAGCCUGUAGUGAUCCCUAAGGAGAACCAGGACAAGAUGAAGGACAUGUUUAAGAUCAACCAGUUCAACCUCAUGGCCUCUGAGAUGAUUGCUCUCAAUCGGUCACUGCCUGACGUCCGCCUGGAAGGGUGCAAGAACAAGUUAUACCCCGAUAACCUUCCUCGUACCAGCGUGGUGAUUGUAUUUCACAAUGAGGCGUGGAGCACACUGCUGCGAACCGUCCACUCCGUCAUCGACCGCUCUCCACACACACUGCUGGAGGAGAUUGUUCUGGUGGAUGAUGCCAGCGAGAGAGAUUUCCUAAAGCGGCCGUUGGAGCAAUAUGUCAGAAGGCUUGAAGUCCCUGUCAGAGUGGUGAGAAUGGAGCAGCGGUCUGGACUUAUUCGUGCUCGCCUCAAGGGAGCGUCCAUCUCAACUGGCCAGGUCAUCACCUUUCUGGAUGCUCAUUGUGAAUGCACAACAGGGUGGCUAGAGCCUCUGCUCGCCCGCAUCAAGCAAGACAAGAGAACGGUAGUAUGCCCCAUCAUUGACGUGAUCAGCGAUGAUACUUUUGAGUACAUGGCAGGAUCCGACAUGACUUAUGGGGGCUUCAACUGGAAGCUCAACUUCCGCUGGUACCCUGUACCCCAGAGAGAGAUGGACCGCCGCAAAGGAGACCGCACGCUGCCUGUCAGGACUCCCACCAUGGCAGGCGGCUUGUUCUCCAUAGACAGAGAUUAUUUUCAGGAGAUCGGCACAUAUGACGCAGGCAUGGACAUCUGGGGUGGAGAGAACCUGGAAAUCUCUUUUAGAAUAUGGCAGUGCGGUGGGACUCUAGAGAUUGUCACAUGCUCUCACGUGGGCCACGUGUUCAGAAAGGCAACACCCUACACUUUUCCUGGAGGAACGGGACAGAUCAUCAACAAGAACAACCGACGACUGGCAGAAGUCUGGAUGGAUGAAUUUAAAAACUUCUUCUACAUCAUCUCUCCUGGUGUGACCAAAGUGGACUACGGUGACAUCACAUCUCGCACGGCUCUGAGACAAAAGCUUCAUUGUAAACCCUUCAGUUGGUACUUGGAGAACGUCUACCCUGACUCUCAGAUCCCCAGACACUAUUACUCCCUGGGAGAGAUCCGUAACGUGGAGACCAACCAGUGCCUGGACAACAUGGCCCGCAAGGAGAAUGAGAAAGUCGGCAUUUUCAACUGCCACGGCAUGGGAGGCAACCAGGUAUCUGAGGAAGAAAAAAACAACAUAAAGAAACAAAAACUGUCUAGGGAUGCCACGGUUUUUUCUUACACGGCCAAUAAGGAGAUCAGGACAGAUGACUUGUGUCUAGACGUGUCCAAGCUAAACGGACCCGUCAUGAUGCUCAAGUGCCAUCACCUCAAAGGCAACCAGCUCUGGGAGUACGACCCUGUGAAGCUGACCCUGAUCCACGUCAACAGUAACCAGUGUCUGGACAAGGCCAGCGAGGAGGACAGCCAGGUGCCCAGCGUCAAAGACUGCUCACACACACGCUCCCAACAGUGGCUACUCCGCAACGUCACACUACCAGAGGUCUUCUGACCACACUCUGCACACUCCCAAACACACACACUCUCACACACACAGCGGCCCAGGGUAAGCAAUCAGGGUAACAGACGUGUUUAUUAAAAUUGGGCACAAGGAAAGGAGAGACUUCCCACGAGGGGAUUCGGGAAGAGAGGAGGACGGAUUGGACGGUACUACCUCUGCCAGAGAUAAGGAGGGAGGAGUGUGUUUGACCCUCCUCAGAGUGACAGAAGAGGAAAGACUCCCUCUAGGAGACAAUGGCUGUUGUUUUAAAGAGAUUUUAACCGCAGAGAGUGACUCAGUCGCUGGGCGCGAAUUAUGAGACUGGCCAGUGGAGUCAAGGUUUGCACUCACAGCUUCCCUGGACAAAACAGUCCACCCCACAACUCAUCAAUUAACGUUUACUCACUGCCUCUUAUGAGAGUGUGUGCACUUACGUGUGUGUGUGUGUGUGUGUGUGUGUGUGUGUGUGUGUGUGCGCUCUGAGAUGAAUGUAUGCUUUGAGAAGGGGGCUGAAUUUCUUGUUGAUUUCUUUUUUUUUUUAUUUAAUUUUGUAAUGAAUUUUAAAAAUGAACUCUUAUGAAGAAGGGUGUGUGUGUGUAUGUGUGAGACUGUAGUGUAUGUGUAUGUGGGUCAGAGCCCCUCCUACAGUCCUGCAGCAGUGUAUGUCUCCCUCUAGUGUUUCUCCUCGGCAUCUCAUCCUACAGACAAGCCUCGCUGAGGAAUUUUGAAGGGCCUGCACAUUUAAAAAAAAAAACAAAAAAAAAAAAAAAACAAGAGGACCGAACACGAGGACCCGACGUCUGCCAUCCGCAGAGAUCUAGAGAUAGAGAAAUAUGUUUGUGAUAUCUUGAGAUUUCUAUGUCAAGUUUUUACAUGGCUUUGUCUGUUUUUACUGUGAGAGUGCAACAGAGCAGUAACCCUAGUCUGUCUGUCCGUCUCUGUUGUCUUUAAAGAUGUUUAACAUAGAGCUUACACACAUACACACACACACACACACACACACAUAUACAGACAUACAUACAGACAGAGGACUCUGCAUAUGUAACUGAUAUUCACUGCCUAAUGUAGUGUUAAAUUAUAGGGAACUCCACCAUAAGGCACUACAUAGUCACACACACAUCCUGUAUACAUAUAAGAAAAAGGCUGCACUAGCCUGAUACUUUAAUCCAUAUUGUCAUAUCUUCUUCUCAAUAACCUCUUAAAAAAUACACUCCAAGGGCUUCUUUCCUUCAGUGGAGUGUGUGGACAGUUGUGUGUGUGUGCGAGCAUGUGUCUUCAGUACUAAUCCCCAGUCCAUCAGCUCCCUGUUCACUAGGACAAACGGCUCUCAGAUUCCUCGCUGUUGGACAAACAGAGCCCGUAGCAUAGACUGACGUCAGAUCAGCAUAUCCCUGCGUCCGUUGUACAAAAAGAGCAAAAGCUGCUUUCAUUUUCUAAACAUAGCCGAGUCUCUGCACUCUCCUGAGGACAUAUCUACAGUAGGAAAGGAAGCCUGGAAAGCUGUUGUCAAAGAGAUGUCGCUGAGAUGAGUAAGGAGACUUUAAUAAUUGUAGAGGUUGCUGAAGGGAGUGAAAAGAUGAACUGUGGAUUACAACGAGCGCAGCAGCAGCAGACAUAUCUUAAUCCAUAACUACAUAUCUCACUGUGCAAGCUCACCUGCAGUAUUUCACUAUUCAUAUCUCAGUUAGCCAGACAGCUGAACAGUUACAUCAGUGUGUCAUUUUCAUUUCAACCAUCAUGCUUUCUUUAUGCUGUUUUUGUAUCACUCCUGCCAAUCAGAGCAGGAGAGAUGAUUUCAUAAAGGUUGUAACCAUUUGGGCUUCCUCCAGUGGAGGAGGGGUUUACACAUAGGACACUGGUUCAUCUUUGUUUUGGACACGAUAGUGACAGGAGGCCGUCGACUGAUUUCAUGUCAGAGCAAGUGACUGUGUAGGGAAGAUGUGAACGUUUUUUGAUUGUGAGACAGAGGGAGUGUAACGAUUGUUCAGAUUUUGGUGGGGAGGGUUGAGGGUUUGACGUUAACUGACAUGUCUAGGCUUCCACACUGAGCUGAUCCAAAUGUAGAAAAUAAAAGUGAAAAAGUUUACAGAACAAUAC